AAAUGACAUUAUACAUUUGCAGGGAUAAACAAUUUCAAAAGUGAAUCAAAAAUAAGCUUAAUAACGUCAGAGAGAAUAGCUUUUUGCAUUUGAUUUUUUGAAUAUGGUUCGCAAAUUAUACUUGCAGCAAAUUCGCUGAAAAUAGAAAAAUUCGUCUCAACGACAAUUCUUGCGCCGAGGACAAUAGAUAUUUAGAAAAAAAGGAUAGACAAAGAGUUCUCAUCGGCAUAUGCUUUGCAUCUCGUGGCUUGUUUACGGAGAAAAAAUUGUGAAAUAAGUGUCACGUUUAUUGAUAGCGUUUUAUGCAAACGUGUGCUUUGUUUGGAGCAGUCGAUGAUAAUUGAAAAAACGAAGAACAAUGCGCAGCGUUAUUUUCUCUGAGAGUAUCGUGGAUAUAAAAAAAAAAAAUCGCAUGAGUUAGAAAGUUCCUUUACUUUGAUACCAUUUGAAAGCAUAAUAUUUUGUUAUUGAUAUCGAUGUAUGUUUAAUAUUCAAGUUCACCAGCGUGGUGAAACUAGAAGAUGCGAUUUGCACGAAAGUUAUUUGAUAAGCUUAUUCGUGUUGUUCGGUUCAUUUGAUAAUGAAAAUUUAUUUAAGAAGAAAGAGAUAUAAUCCAAGCGUGCAUCGACACCCCGCUAAAACUCGUGUAAUGUAACGGAUGUAUAUAUUUCUCAAAGCAACGACAGGGCUAACUCCGUUAUGGAGGCACUGCGUUUAGCUAUACAGACACGACUAGGGGAGAGGAUGGUUAGUAUGAGCUCUAUGCUCGUGGAGACAGUUAGUAUAAAUUAUGAAGAUUUUAAUGAGAGUUUUUUAACAUGUGGCACAUGUCUUUGUGUUUAUGAUGGCGGAGAACAUACUCCCAAGUUAUUACCAUGUUCACACACGGUAUGUUUACAUUGCUUAACAAGAAUUGCUGCAUCUCAGACUCGUGAGACUGGUGCCUUUCGAUGUCCUAUUUGCAGAGAAUUAAUAACAAUUCCUCGUGGUGGAGUUCCUGCUUUACCACCUAGUUUCCUUGUGAAUCAACUGCUUGAUCUCAUGUCCAGGCAAAGACGGGAGGUUAUUCCAAAAUGUUCCGUUCAUAUAAAUCAAGAAUUGUUAUUUUGUGAAACGUGUGAUACGGUGUUUUGUACAGUAUGUACAGGCGGUAAUCAUGCAGGUACAUCACCAGGAUGUACUGAGCAUACUAUCAUACCAUUUAGUAUUGCAAUAAAGAGGAUGUCCGAAAUCUUACUCUACAAAGCAAAUGAGUGUAUAUCUAAGUUAACACAAGCUCAGGAUUCUGUGAGUACAGAAUUACAACGUUUGGAAGCUUCAAUAGAGAGGUGUUUGAGUGCUGUAGAUACUGAAUUUGCAGAAAUUAUAUCAAAAAUUGAAAGGAGACGUACGGAAUUACAAGCGGCUGUUACGGCUGCUGCAAGAGAUAAGAAGCACGUGCUAGAAGAACAACAUGCGUUGAUAGAGGCCGAAAAAAAUAAAGUACAACAAGAAUGUGAAGGAUUACAAUAUCAGGUUGAAGUUCGAAAUAUUACACAAAGAAUUGGUAGUUUAUCUGACCAACUCGAUGCGGCAACAGCACUUAGCGAACCUAAAGAAAAUGCUUUUAUUACUUUUGAAUUUAAUCACAAUAAUGCUCUUUCUCAAUUAGAGGAAGCUCUUAAUAACUUGGGGAGAGUACGUUCUAGUACAACAUUGCCAGGCUUAUGCAGAGCCCGGUUAAAAGACCCUGCUAUAGUUAAACUGCAAGCAGCUGUAAUAGUAGAGACUGUUGAUUACCAUGGACAUCCUAGAAAUGUUGGAGGCGAUCUUAUUACUGCAGAAUUAACCUUAGCAGAUAGUAUCCAUUCAGAAAACCAAAGUUCCAGUAUUGAUACUGAAAUUGUAGAUUUAGAAAAUGGUACAUAUGAAGUACUAUUCCGACCUCCAUCUGCAAGCCGCUAUAUUUUAAAGUUGUCAGUUUUUGAGCGACCUAUUAAAGAUUAUCCUUUAUUUUUUGAUGCGACUGAACAUAAUGAACCUAUUAAAAUAUAUGGAAGACGUGGAACUGGAAAAGACGAAUUUCACCAACCAGUUGCAGUUGCUGUUAAUGAUGAUGGCAUGAUAUAUAUUUUAGAUACUGGAAACUCACGUAUAAAAGUACUCAAUUGUGAUUUAGAAUUUCAAAGGCACAUAACUAAUGAAGGUCUUGAAGGACGUAGUUGUACAGGAAUUGGUAUAUCUCAGCAAGGUAUUGUUGUCGUUAAUUGGAGAACACGAAAAGUAACUGAAAUGAGUUCCCUAGGUGAUACUAUUAAAUCUUUUUCCCAUAAUGCGUUUCAAGAACCAAUUGAUAUUGCAGUAGAUAGAAGUUAUGGUCAUAUACUUGUUGCAGAUAAUGGUCAAAGCUGUGUUUUUGUGUUCGAUUCUGAUGGCAAAAUUCUCUUUCAGGUUGGAAAGAGAAGUACGUUCAAAUUGAUCACUUCUGUGACUGUUGGACCCAAUGGUGAAAUAGUAGUUGCUGAUAGUCGUAUACAAGUAUUUUCCGCUAAAGGAGAUUUUUCUGAAGAAAUUUAUUCGGAAGGCAAAGGAAAAGGUACUUAUGGAGGCCUUGCUGUUGAUUCAGAAGGCAGAAUACUUGGUACUCGUACCGAUAAAGGUCGCAGUAUAAUCCAAGUUUUAAAGUUAGGAGGAGGUAAUAUUUUAACUGAAAUUGAUUCGCAUAGUUCAAAACUACGACGUCCUUCAGGUAUUGCAGUACUACCUGACAAUCACUUAGUAGUUGUAGACUUGGGAAAUGAUUGUAUAAAAAAAUAUAGAUAUUGGUAAAAAUAGUUGAGUUUAAAGUAUCAAAUUUGUUGUAUGUCCAACAAAAAUAAUUCAUCCAUUGCAGAUGCAUACCAAAUAUGUAUUUAAUAUAUAACUUAAAUUGCUUUUUUAAAAGACUUCUUUCUUAUAAUUUUAUAUAUCGAUUUAAUAUCUAUCUUCCUUAAGUUCUAAUAUCUAUCAUCGUGUGUGGAUCAAUCAAAAUAAUUUGUUUAAGAUAAAAAAAUAUUGGUG